CUCAAUGCCAAUUUCAUCUUUCUUUCAAAAAAAAAUCAUAAGAAAAAUCGACCUCUGUUUUUAAUAUCUCUGCUUUGAGGUGUUUUGGAGACGGUGGUAUUCAUUCCGAUUUCCGAAGCAUACAUAGUGAUGAUCUUCAUCCGACGACAAUUUGUCCAAGUUUCUUCCUCCGACCUUGGUAUCAGUCGACAUUGGUUGCUGCUUGUGAUUUGCCCUUAUCAACGCACUGGUUACAUUUUGGAUUCCAUCAAGAAGUCAGGAAAUCCGACUGAUUCCUACAAAGUCAUAAAGCAUGUUGAAAAGGCUGUUGAAAUGUUUAAUGAAGAUUUUGAAACAUCACAUCCAAUGACAUGGACGAUUGCUGAUUGCAACCAACAAUCGUCUAAUUGGGAAUGUGGCUAUUAUGUGUUGAAAUGGUGCGUGAAUUUGUCAUGUAUCGGCAAUAUGCAUUCCCGAAUAACCUUUGGAAUGAUAUAAACCCCAUUCCUGAAAAGUUGUUGGACGAUGUGGUCAAUGCGUGGAUGACUACUUUUCAAAGUAAAUAUAUGAAAUGAAGCCUGUGUUUAAUGGUUUGUUCUAUUUUCUACACUUGUUAUUAUUGGAUUUAUUUUGAUUAACCUUAUGUGGUUUAAACAAAGUCAUGUAUCAUAUGCUUUGUUUUUACACAUAAAAAUAUAAAAUCUUGACUCAUAUUUACUUUUGGUUCUUGAUUAUCUUUUCAUUGCUGAUGGUUGGUUCGAGUCCACUUUGAAUAAUGGAGCCACAGUAAUCGGAAAGGUGCAAAAAGACAGAAGAAGUUUCUUUGUUUUUUACCUUUUUUAGGUGUUAUAGGUUUGUAAUGAAAACAAUUGUCCUUCUCCUUUGUCGUUUGAGUCCAUCAUGAUUGUGUCUUAGUACUUUAUUUUUAACUACUAUUUUGUUAUAGUUACUUUUUAUUAUUUGGAAUGACCAAUUAUUAU